AGUGUAAUAGCCAGAUAGUUGGAGUACACACUAUACUGCUUCCUGCUUGCCUCCUCGCCUGCCUGCCUGCCUGCCUCGCUCACCGCUUGCUUGCUCCGUUCAGAGAGAGGGAGACAUCCAGAGAAAUCCCUGUCCAAGCAUGGACCUCCGGCUGCAGUCGGACUGACAACAGCUCACAUGGUCAUUAACUCCAGUUGCUGAGGCAGAAGGGAGAGCUCAGUGUCACAGAACACCGGAGUCUCCUGUGUUUGGGACAGCAGAACUACCCGACAUACCAGAUUGCUGACAGAAAGUGCCUUGUGAAUUGACGUCAUUGAAGUUGCUUCUUCAGACCUUUGUCACAGAAGUCGUGACAGGACAGAGCUCGAAUUCAGCCUUUGCAGACCUCUAUGUUUGUCUUUGUUGCUGCUUAGUGUCAAGACCACACCAAGGUGGAGUCGCAGCCCUGCUGGCUGCCGUGCCCCAAGCUCUGAAAGGAGGACUAAAAAGUACUGUGUGCAACUGCACGAGCAAGAAAAAACACACAACUCAUGGCCCCAGUCUGUUGUUAUGCCAUGUCAGCCUUUAGACAGUGAACCCGUUUGAGCGAUUCGUCAUCUGUUGACAUUUCAAGUCUAAUCUCGAUAGAGCCACUUAACUGCACGUUAUCUCCAGGCACUUUACAUUUGGAGGUUGGCACCUCUUUUAAUAUAAUUCCAUGCAGAGGUGGCCUAAGCAUUCAUCUUUUUUUACGUAACUCUUUUUAAAACCCCCAUAAGAGGAUCAUAUCCUCCCGAAACCCAACAACUCCUCAAGGCGGCUGUCUGCUACAUUUGCCAUGGCUCUCAACAUCGCAUCGAUACGUGACACAAAAUGGCUGACCCUGGAAGUGUGCCGACAGUUCCAGAGAGGGACAUGUUCACGCAGCGACGAAGAAUGCAAAUUUGCUCACCCAUCCAAAAGCUGCCAGGUGGAGAACGGGAGAGUCAUUGCAUGUUUCGAUUCAUUAAAGGGUCGCUGCACGAGAGAGAACUGCAAAUAUCUGCACCCGCCGUCUCACCUGAAGACCCAGCUGGAGAUCAAUGGACGAAAUAACCUGAUACAGCAAAAGACCGCCGCCGCCAUGUUGGCUCAGCAGAUGCAGUUCAUGAUCCCCGGCACCACCAUGCAGCCUGUGCACACCUUCCCGGUCAGCCAGGGCCUAGGUUCCAGUACUGGCCUGAGUUACGCACCCUACCUGACGCCGAUGUCGCACAGCAUGGGCCUGGUGCCCACUGACAUCCUGCCCACCACCCCGGUCAUCGUUCCUGGCAGCCCACCCGUUUCCGUCACGGCCAGCUCCUCCACAAACCAGAAACUGCUGCGUACUGACAAGCUGGAGGUGUGUCGUGAGUUCCAGAGAGGCAACUGCGCUCGCGGCGAGACGGACUGCCGCUUCGCUCACCCCAGCGACAGCCCCAUGAUCGACACCAGUGACAACACGGUCAGAGUCUGCAUGGACUACAUCAAGAGUCGAUGCUCCCGCGAGAAGUGCAAGUACUUUCACCCUCCGGCUCACCUGCAGGCCAAGAUCAAGGCGGCCCAACAUCAGGCCAACCAGACGGCUGUAGCUGCACAAGCCGCUGCCACCACUGCAGCCAUGACUCAGUCGACUGCCAAAGCAAUGAAGCGACCCCUCGAGGCAACUGUAGAACUGGCCUUCCCUCACGGCGUCCUUCAGCCGCUACCAAAGCGACCGGCGCUUGAGAAAAGCAACGGAGCGAGUUCCCUCUUCAAUCCCAGUGUUUUGCACUAUCAGCAGGCGUUGGCCAACGCACAGCUCCAGCAGCCUGCUUUCUUUCCCACAGGGUCAGUCUUGUGCAUGACUCCUGCUAGCAGUCUUGUCCCAAUGAUGUACAGUGCUACGCCUGCUACUGUCUCUGCAGCAACAACUCCUGCCACAAGUGUCCCCUACGCAGCAACAGCACCAGCCAAUCAGAUCAUCCUGAAGUAAACAGAAGAGGAACCGAGUGUCACCAAGCUGCACUAGAAAACCCAAAAGAGCCCCUCUGUAAAUACUACCUGACCUCGCCUCUCGAGGUCCAGCAACCUGCAUGCUAAGAGAGUAACACUACUUACUGUAAGAACUGCAGUGCUGUUACACACACACACACACACACACAUACUUGGAUUGCUAUGAAAACACUAUGAUCGUAAAAUAGUCUCAAGAAUAGAAGUGUGACACGACGUGAGAUCAACUAUCGUUCCCCCAAAGCAUCCUUGUUUAUUAUUUAUUCUGCAAUCCUCGGCACAAAACUGAUUUGGAUCAAAAGAUAUUUGCACUACCGGAGGAAUAUAGUGCGUGGCGUCCAAGAGGGAACUAGCGCACAGACACACGAAUGCGCCCAAGAUGGAAGGGUUUCUUUCAUAUUUCCAAACUCCUCCGAGGCCAUUGAGAUGACGUCAUUUCUGGAAUCAUUUUGCCAAAGUUUGCAUGAGAUGAACUCUGGUUGGACCUCCUUUUCAUUUCCUGAGAACGCAAAUAUGACCCCUUUAUUCUUUGAGUCAUGGUGGCUGAUGGAGGUCCCGUAAGGACCAGGAUGUGCUCUGACAUACCAAGCCUUGUCUGAUCAGGAAGUCUGCCGGCAGACUGAGACACAAAACAAGGUCUUGUUGGAGGUGAAAACACCAGGCCGGGUAGGACUUUUUUUUUUUUUUUUUUUUUUGUUCAAGGAAAAUACAAGUGCUAAGAAAAAAAAAUGGUGCGUUUGACGCGCCAUGUCAAGCUAAAACAAUGACUUGAACUUGAACCGGAGGGCUAACCGUGAAGGUCAGUUGUCCUGUCCGACCCCACUAUCGCCGAUAAUCCUGUCUCAUUCUAGAAAAUGUAGAAGUGCCUGAAAAAAAUUCUGCUCAUCAACGACAUCCAGAAGAAUCGGAAGACACCGUGGUUGUUUGGCACCACCUUGAGGUUGAGGAGACUUGACUGGACUGUGGCGGGAAAGUACUAGACUCUUGGAAUGUUUUGGUGACUUUGAUGGUUUGAGUAGUUUACAUGAGAAAACCAACGUAUAGUAAACCGUAUAACGUCUGUAAAGUGUCUCUUAUGUUCAGAGUUUAUAUUCAUGGUUCUAGAGACGUACUGAAAGUUAUUUAAGAUCUGUGCUGUGUGUGCGUUUGAUGACACCCCCCACCACCACCCCACAAACACACACCUCCUUCAACAUCAAUCGAAUGUUUGAACUUGAUUUUAUGGAUGUAUUUUCAUGGUGCUUGAAGAACAUUGACAAUCCACAGUCAUGCAUUGAAAACAAGCCUCUCUUUGUCCCUUUUACACAGAGUUUCACGUCUGGAAUAUUCAGCUGUUGUUCUUGUGAUGUGUUGCCAACAAACCCUCUUUUGCUUGAACUGCUUUGCUACUUAGAAACGAAAUAUUGGAGCAUGUUUUCGCCAAAUGCCAUGUACUAUACUUGCUAUAAUCGUUUGACAAGUGCCACGCUACACAGGCCAUCUUCUGCUAGCUCCAUAUACUCAUACAUAACAAUAUUGAUAGAUGGCAUUUACUGCUGGUUCAUGAUUGCCAGCAUGAUGAAUACACCACUGCUUGAACAGAUUAUGCUGUUUACCUUCACAUUCAUACCAAUGUAACUACACAAUAUCUACCAAUAAGUUGCUAACUGUUAAAAUUGCUCAUUUAACGGCUGAUGCAUUCUCUCAGCUAGUCCAAUGUUCUCUGGACGGGGCUGCCAAGCAUUUACGUUUGUUUCACCUUUACAGUCAGAAAACAGCAGAACCCAUCUGUUGUCAUUCACCAUUGAUAUCUGAGGUGUGAUGAAUGAAAUGUUUCCGGUGGCGCUCUUGGAUGCAGCAUGCAAAGUGCUGAAAUGAUUUGACAAUGUUUAAUAACUAAAAGAAAAAAAAACAGUCACAACAUUAAAUAUAAUAUAGGAUAAAUAACGUACAAAUACUGUAGUGUAAAAUAAACAUUUUAUGUUUAAUGCACUGAUGACUGUAUCUUUAGUACACAAGUUGAGGGAGGAUGGUGUCCCCAAAAAGCGACGGGAAAUCAUCCCCCCUGUAAAACUGCCACCCCCCCAUGAGACCUCCCCUUUUUUACAGUAAAUGUUGGACAUAUAAGGAAACAAACUUUAAGCUAAAAAAAGGAAUCAAUCCUGUUCUGAUAUUGCUCUGAUGCCCCAUUAGCCUGCAUGGCAAACCGCAGCUUUGAAUUAUUAACGUCUCCGACUCACGACUCAACACAGCAUCACACUACGACCCGCAAUCACAACUAUGUCAUACAAAAAAGAAACAACACUACUGCUGAAAGCUCAAGCAACACGUCGCCUCCUACAGGUUCAUAUGGUGAUGUUUUGGGGGGCUGUUGCUCAGGCCAAAAAAUGGGACACACCAUCUCAAACAUAUUAGUGUUGUCACUGAAAUAACACACUCUAAUUUGUCUAUUGCCAUAUAUACACUAUGUAUUUACAAUGUUUAGAGCUCAUUUGUAUGCUGCUUAUCAGUGGUUUGCUCGUGUCACUGUCAAGAUAAAGGUUGCUGUGUCGCCUCCGGCUGAAGACAUUUAGAUUUAAUGCAUGAAAGUGAAGAGAGAUAAACUUUUUUUUUAAUCUAGAUUCUAACAAAAGAGAAAAAACAAUUAUGCCAGUUUUAUCAUCAAAGGAAGAAGGCUGGAGCCCGAGGACCAGUAGAGGUCUAUCUGUGCGCAUUGACCAUAUUCCAACUUCCAUCUUUUUUGGUACUGGUGACGCCACUGGAAACGUAGCUCUCUGUGCGCAAACUUCUGAAUGUUUUUGACAUCAAUUGUUAAUGGAAAAAAAAGAAGCCUAUUUAACAUCAUCAGUUGUUGGCAGCCCUGCUCCGAGAGGUUUUGAGAAGCCAAGAAAAUGGUUGUCCUCCACCGGUACUGUCAAACAGACUUACCUGCAGAGAAUGACAUCUAUAGCAUUUGGCUUGGAGCCUUCUGCCACUCGUUUUAUUUAGCACCAUCAGCACUUAUCAUCAUGCCCAAGUGUGCACCGUCUGUUACGUGUAAUGAUGAGAUGUUUCACAGUAAUAUUCUGGCGUCUCUGUGUAAAAGGGGCUCACGACUGUCUCCUCACACUUUAGGGUUUGUUUGUAUUAUUCGGGGGCGAACGUUUUUUUUGUCGUAAUUUAUCUUGCGUUAUUCUUCUGUCGCAGUUUUAGUCAGAUAAAAUGUACAAUUUUCUCUUCUGAAAUGAAUGUAAUUUAUUAUAACUGUGCUCCAUUCUGCAUGGGUGGUCACUUAGAGGUCUGACGUGUCUGCUCAGCCAAUGACACGUCAGCGCAGGACACCAGGGGCCGGGCUUAGUAAUGGACCCACCAAUGGAAAGCUCUAGUGGACCUUUCUUGCCUUCUCACAGACGGAUUCAAAAAUGUGAUCCUGGUGUCGCAGUAAUGAGCAUAGUCAUAGAGUUGCUUGUGUUGUUGACAAAUGUUUAUUGUAUAGACGACAUUUUACCAAAAAAGAAAAAAAAAGAUUUAAAAAAAAACAAAGACAGAUGUACUUUUCACAAUAGUAUCAUAGUAUUUCAUAAUAAUAUUAAGUUGUUGCUGUGGCAGCCAAAUGUUGCAACUACAGAAGUUUGGUAUUUUUGUAAAUGACGUUGUUUUGUUCUGUUUUGUUUGUUUUUUUCUAGGACACUGUACACACUAAGAUAUUAACAUUUCUUACUCUUCACUGAGAUUAUGACCCAGUAUUUUCAUUAGAACAGCCUCUAUAGCGCUGCACCGUAAAUAGAUUUACAAUCCUAAAUGUCACAUAGAUUAUAAAUAUAUAUUAUAUAUAAAGAAUAUAUAAAUAUAUAUAUAUAAGAGCUUCGUAAUCUAUAAAUUAUUUCGUUCUUAUGUGCAACAAGUACUAUGAAUAAGAACAAAUAUUGAAAUCUGUGUAUCACCAGUUAAAAAUUGCACUUUCUUCAUAAUUUUUAAAAAUGAUUUCAAAGGACCAUAUUCCAAUCGGGAGCGGGGAAGCCUUGUUUCAAGAUUAUUUCUCGUGAAAAUAACAGUGAAGUAGAGCCUGACCAACACUAACAUAGGGGCAGAUUUCCUAAAAGCUUGCUCGUCCUGAGACACGUACUGAUGCUGAAAAACAGGGUCUUUCAGACAGGUAAAAUGACAUGUGUGCUCCAGUCACUGCGAAGAGCGCUGGUUUGGGGAGGAGAAAUUGCAAGUUCUAUCGGAUGUUUUUGCAUUUCAAAUUUUGUCUUUUUAGAUGUCUUCGUUUAUUAACUUAUCUUUAAAAAAUAUAGAAAAUUGAUAAUACAGUGGUGGGGAAAAAUGUUUCCGUACAUCCCUAGCAUUCUACUGUGUGCUACAGGCACUUAUCCAGUCUUGAACACUUCCUCUUUUAUUUGUUGAUAGUGAUAUCGGCACUGUUGAGAAUUGACAUUUUGAAAUCGCCAAGAAUUUUUUCUUUUUUUUUUGUGACAUAAAGAAAAGAUUUUUCUAUUUCUGUGUCAAAUUUGAAGGGUGUCCAAGCACUUUUUUCCCUGCCAUGUUAGUGCUGUAUUGGCUCCGUAUGUGUCUGUCUAAACUGCUGGAAACAUGCGGUCUCUGAUUUGAAGAGGCGUGUCUCCAACACCUCACGCUCCACGCAUCCCUGAAGUACACACCACCCGGGAGCUUAGUAAAUCUGCCCCUAAAUGCUAACAGGUGUCCUGUUUGAAAGAUCAUGAUUAUCGCUAAUGUUCCUAAUUUUACAUUAAAAAAAAAAGGUUGCUGCAAUUGCUUUCUUAUCUGCAUAUGCGCGGCUAAACAUAAUUACAUAAUUAAACCACAGUUGACCUAAAAUAAACCUCAGCACCAACAAGAUGAUGGUUCAAAACAAGAGUUAACAUACAUUUGUUUUCUUCUGAAGAAUUACUCUUAACAACACUACAAUCAGACAAGUUGUUGAGUUUGUAUGCCGACUAGUCGACUGUCCAAACUGUCAUCAUUGCGGCCCUCAACCUGGUGACAGAACCCCCAAUAUCAACACUGCAAAACUGACAGCUCAAAAACAAGGUUUUGGUCAGGAUGUGCCUAACUGUCCAAGAUCAACAUUUAUUUCUUUGAUUCUUUGAUGAUGGCAACGAAUGACUGAUGUUUGAAAUUUCAAACGCAAGCACUUUUAAGAUGUUGGUCAACUGAGCGGGUUCAUCUUUCCUGGUUCUUUGCCUUAUCUUGAGUCCACCGUGCUUAAGGUGUAAUGUUUUCAAGGCUAAAAAAUCAAGGCUAAGAAAAUGUCCCCCUGAUGCCCUUUGAAAAGUUUUAUCUCAAAUAUUUCUCGUUUUUGUUUGUAACUAACGUGCACAUCAGACGACUGGAAGAAUGGGAAGCUUGAAAUUGACAGCGUCAGUCAGCAGAGGGCGCUGUACUGGAGACUACAGGUUACACUGUGCCAUCAUUGCUCCAGUGCAAAUGGCCAACAGGAAAAAAGAAUAAGCAUCGUGGGUUUGAAAAUAUUAAUGUAAUCAUUUCUAUCUGUAUUAUUUUGCAUAUAUUUUGUGCUAUUUUAUGUUUAUAUAGUCAAAAUUGUUUCUUUGGUUCAAGCGAGAUAAUGUAAAAUCUAUCGAAAGAAAUAAAGAAAAAUAUAAGGAAACAUGCAGUGUUGAUGGUUUAUUCUGUGUAUUUUGAUAAAUUCAGUUUUUCUAUAUUAUCGGCACAGAAAUACUCUUAAUUGACCAGAAUUGAUUUUCAGGUCUGGAUAAGUGACAUCAUGACCCCCAGUGAGAUUGUCCACUGAAGUAGCCGUAUGACAGAUUUACAUUGUG